CAGUAGCAACCACAGUAAAACGGCUUCCUGCUCCCGAGGUGAAGAACAAUGAAUACACUGACUUCGUCCACACAGUCUCACACAACAGAGAGGGGAAGAGGAAGACGGCACGCACCAUGACCGAAAUCUGAGACAUUUCACUGCCUUUAUCACUGAAAAAAAAAAACCAUGAGAACGAGUUUGGCUUCUUUCUUCUUUUCCAUUCAGCUGUUUGUAGGCUGUGCAGAGGUCAUCUUCAGGCGCCUGACGGCCGGUCAGACUCUGAGCCUCUCCUGCCACCUGCAGCAGGACCACAGCAGGCCCGCCGCCCUCCACCUGUACCACCGGGACUCCCAGAGCCAGACCACCGUCCUCUCCGUCAGGGGCGACGGGGACGUCAGGGUUGACCCGGGCCGCCGGGCACGCACGCAGCUGCACGGAGGGUUGAACUCCCAGGAGGUCAACUUGACCAUUUCUCCUUUAGAGCUCUCUGAUACGGGACUUUAUCUGUUGGAGCUGAGCUACGAAGAGGACAGCCGAUCAGAUCGGGUGGCGGCCUGUGCACCGCAGACCUUGCUGCUGGUGGAAGGAUCAGGAGGCUCGUGCCCGUGCUCGCCCCGCUAUGCCCCUCUGCUCCUGACCAUCUUCUCAGCCGCAGGGUUUCUCCUGCUCAUCCUCGUCUGGCUGGCUGCAGAGAAAUGCCUGAAGGUGAAGCAGCGUCACAGAACACGACCACACGUCCCCAUUUACGAGGACAUGAACUGGAAGCAGCAGAGAUCUGAAAGCCCCCAAAAUAACCGCGAGGGCCCCUCACACCUGGAGGAAGUCCACUUCCCGGUGUACGCCAACCCCCACCGACAGUCGCAGGACAACUACUACGCCUGCCCCCGACAGCUCGCCCUCCGGGCCUCACAAUGACUAUUGUAUCUCAGAGGAUGCUUUUAAAAAAAUAUAGGUUGCAUCGAAUUACAGCGAAUAAGUUUUAUUUUAAAUCACUCUACUUUGUAUUGUAAUAAAUUGCUGUUGAAAAAUGAUCUCACACAUUGUUGACUUGCACAGCAUUUGGUGGUAACUUCACACACAGAGCAAAGCAAUGACCAGAGGGGACAGACUUAACAGCCAAGAAAAAAAUGCUAUUUUAUUAAUAUUUGAAAGAAGCUCCAUAGUUCAUGAAAACAUUUGUUUCGGUGCAUGUCAUUUAACAAUCACAUUCUAUGAGGAGAAAGAGAUAUACAGAGAAAAAAAUAAAACAU